GUUUAGAUUUUUAUCCAGCUGUACUCUGUUCAAAGAUACAACAUGAAGUUUCUGGUGUCGUUCGUAGUGCUCAUUGCCUCCAUUAGCAGCUGUUUUGCGCUCAAAGAUGCGGUUUGUGGUCUGCCACCUUUUGCAGACGGUGUUGAUGGUAAAUUCUGUCUGGCCACCAUUCCAAAAUGGAGCUACAAUAUAGCAGCUAAUGAAUGUGUGCUAUUCUUCUAUGGCGGCUGUGGCGGUAAUGAUAAUCGCUUUGACGCCAAAGAACUUUGUGAGGAAAAGUGCUUGGAAUAAAUGACAAAAAUUUAACAAACAAUA